UAUCCAUUUUUACCCCUUUUUUCAGCUUUACAAAAUGUAUUACGAAACUAAUCUUCUUAGUAAUUGCAUUUCAUAUGAAAUUCCAAAAUAAUUUAUUGUUUGUUAUGAUUUAAUGUUAAUAGUCCCAAGAUUCCUGUUUCUAGAACAAUUUAUUUUCAUCCCAUCCUGUAUGUCACAUAAUGGAUUUGCCCAGCUUCAAAUUUGGAACAGUCCACUUAUUUCAAUUUGAAAGUACAAAAAAUUGAGAUGCAAACAUUUGUGCUCUGCUGGGGUCAAAGAUUGAUCAGUAUUUUUUUAAGCAGGUUAAGCAUUUAUUUGCCGCCUUUAUUCAAGACCCUGAAUUGGAGUCAUCAAUGUUUGUCUGUAUAUGUUAAUCACUUGCAAACUAGGUUUUGUUCAACAACAGCAAAGCAAAAUGGGCCACAGUUCAGAGAAUCACAACUUUUUAAAGAUGACCAAAAGCUAGAGUGAGGAAUAUUAUUUACCAUUAUAUUUAAUCCUAUAGAGGUAGCUUAACAGUAUUUUCCUGACUUUAGAAUUUUUAUCUUGACCUUUAAAAGGGGCAAUGUUUUUUAUGACCUUGCCACCAAAGGGCAAAGGCAUAUAGUGUUUACCUUGUUCACAUGAUUGUGUGUUGUGUGCGCAAAAAGUCAUUUCUCUUGUGUCCAGUCCAUGUCUACUACAUGCAUGAUUUCAAAAUAAAUUGGUUAAACAUGAUCACUAUAAAUAGAGGAUGUGUCAGGUGGAAGACUGACACCCAAGUUGAAAAGUCAAGGUCACAGCAAAGGAUUGGAGUUGGAUUUCAUGCCAGUCCAUAUCAUUGGCAUGCAUGAUUCAAAUUCAAAAUGGAUUGGUAGACUUAAAUAUUAUAUGCAGACAAUGAGUUGCAUGAUAGUCCUUAAUCCCUAGUCAGAGAAAAAGAUUGAACUAUGUGUUUUGUCAUAUAGACUGAGUGCAGCUUGCGUUUGUGACCAGUCAAUAACCUCUGCAUGCAUGAUGGGAUUCAAGGAAGAGAAAGAAGACUGUAUUGUGUGCAAGACCCAAAUCUCCACCUUGAAAGUUUUAAAGUUUAAAGAUGGUGGCAGUCAAUGGUGAAAUUAAUAUGUACAGCUUAAAAACUCUUGUCAUUCCUUGAUGGUUUGACAAAAUAUUUGGCACAAUCACAUUCAUACCACAGUUGGGUAAUUUGCAAAAUCCAUGUUUGCAUAUUCAAGGUCAAGCUAGCAGAUGGAAGUCAAAGGUCUGCCUUUAUCUUUGGUUUAACUCUUUUUAUCUUCUGUAAUGGAUUGUCAAAACAGAUCUUCACCAUGGUCAUAGGGUGUGUCACCUGCAACACCUAAGUCACAGUUAACUGAUAUACAUGUGUAGUAUGGCAGGAGCAUAUGUGUCCUAUAGACAUUUUUCUAGUUUUCCCUUAUGGUUUUGUCAUAGUUUCACAAAGUAAAUGGUGCUAGUUUUCUAUUACAAUUAAAGUAGUUUGUGUAAUUAUUUUACAACUAAGAAAUUUAUUCAACAAUCAGCAAUGAAUAUAUUUUAAUUAUGAAAUUAAUAUUUACAAUUUUUGUAAGAUAGAUGAAUCAUACUGUCCCAGCCAAUAAAGACCUAAGUCCAUUUGCUUUAAUUUAGAAGCGUAAAGGUUAAAAUGAAAAAAAUUUAUAACAUAUUCUUGUAGUUUAAAGGUUAUUGUCCUGAUGCCUUAUCAUUUAGCUCUUGAAAAGUAAAAUACCUUUCCACAUUCACAUUGAAUAAUAAAAUGGUAUGAAAAUGCAGUAUGAACCAAAUGGAAAGCUCAGGGAAGAUUACCUUGCUUAUAUUCAUAUUUAGCUAGUCUAGGUUGUAUCAAAAAUAUGUGCUAAACAAAAUUUCUAAUCAAAUCAUUUUAUAUCAAUUAUUUGAAGUAUCUUCUGGUUUGUUUCUUGAAUUUAAUUUUCAAUAAAGAAAUAAUUGAUAUACUUUUGCAAAUUUAUUUACAAUUUUGUAAGAGUUAUUGCCUUUGAAUGGCAAAAUUGUCAUGAUAAUUAUUAUAUGUUCCAUUUCUCGUUUGUUUGGGAGGGGGUUGCAUUUUUAUUGACUGAAAAGAUGUUUUUGAAAUAUUAUGAUGGUUAGAGGUUUUGUUUAGUAAGUAGUAAAGUGUCAGUUAUUAUUAACAAUAAUGAUAAAGUAUAGUAUGAUACUAUUGUAGCUGGGUAUACAUGGGUUGCUGAUAAUGAGAUGAACAUGGAGGAGCUGAUGGGGUCAGGGGUGCUGAGUUCUAGCGCAAGUCAGACUGAGCGUCGCUCAAGUCGUCAUCACAUCCUCGAAGUUUCUGAGGCUCAGAAACGACAAGAAUUGCUACAGCAACAACAGUUGCAGGUGCGGAGACCGGAGAAAAGUGCUUCCAGACAAGAUGAAAAACUAGGUGGUUUGUCAAGUCGUCUACGUGCCCAGAUACCAUCAGCUACAUUUGUGAACUACGACACAUUCAAGAUCUCACAAAUGAAUAUAGAUAAAGAUGGGAAGACACCUGAUGAUUCAGUAAAAGAUGAGGAAACAAAAGAAAAAGGUAAAAUUUUCUUUGCCUUAAAUUUCUAAGGUUCAAUAACAUUAAUGAAAUAAUGUCAAACUUUCGAGCAUGUAUGAAAAGCAAGUUGAUCAGAGUUGUAUGUUUUUCAUUGGUGCUAGGUUGUUUUGUUUGCAUGAGAUUACUGGUAAUUAUCUGCUAGUCUUGUAAGUUUGAUAUAAAGCAUAUUUAUGUUAUUAUAUUGUUAAAUUAUUUUACUGUUUUUUUUCAUUGCUAUGAAAAUAUUGCUGAAGAUGUGGGGAAACAUGUGAUUAACUGGUGCUUGAAAGACUUUUAUUGUACAUGUACAGGAACUUAAUAUGGUGAAGAAACUCCACUGAGGUCAAAAGUCUAAAAACAAAAAGAAAACAAAAACAAAAUUUCAUAGAUCAGCUUAGCACUUAAAACAAAAAAGAUAUGCAAAAGAUAUCUGAGAUAUACACAUAAAAAUAAAAAGAAAAUCCUACAUUUCUGUGCUGUUCUUAAUAGCCCAAUUUUAGUGAAAGUCAUUGCAGCACUUCUCAAUUAUGGGUCAUUUUUCACAAUAAGAAUAUUAAAAUUCUGCACACAAGUUUUUAGUCUAGACCUACAUCAAAUUUAAUCUCAAGAUUAUUACAAAAAAUUAUUUCCCUUCAUGAGCAAAAAACCUCAGUAGAUUCCUUUUAAUAUUGUUUUGUUAGCAAGUAAUUUUUAUACCCCCGCACAACAAAGUUGUAAGGGGGGUAUACUGGAUUCAGCUUGUCCGUCAGGCUGUCUGGCGGUUUUUUCUUGUCCGACCAAUAACUUAAGAUUCCUUUGACCCACAGUCUUCAUAAUAGGCAUGGAGGUUAGUCAUGAUAAGUAGAUGACCCCUAUUGAUUUUGAGGUCACCAGGUCAAAGGUCACAGGGACCUUGACUUCAAAAAGCUUAUCCGCCCAAUAACUUAAGAUUCCUUUGACCUACAGUCUUCAUAUUUUGCAUGGAGGUUAGUCAUGAUUAGUAGAUGACCCCUAUUGAUUUAAAGGUCACCAGGUCAAAGGUCAAGGUCACAGGGACCUUGACUUCAAAAAGCUUGUCCGCCCAAUAGGUUAAGAUUCCUUUGACCUACAGUCUUCAUAUUUGGCAUGGAGGUUAGUCAUGAUUAGUAGAUGACCCCUGUUGAUUUUGAGGUCACCAGGUCAAAGGUCAAGGUCACAGGGGCCUUGACUGCAAAAAGCUUGUCUGCCCAAUAACAUAAGAUUCCUUUGACCCACAGUUUUCAUUUUUGGCAUGGAGAUUAGUCAUGAUUAGUAGAUGACCCCUAUUGAUUUUGAGGUCACCAGGUCAAAGGUCAAGGUCACAGGGGCCUUGACUUCAAAAGCUUGUCCGCCCAAUAACUUAAGAUUGCUUUGACCCACAGUCUUCAUAUUUGGCAUUAAGGUUAGUCAUGAUUAGUAGAUGACCCCUAUCGACUUUGAGGUCACCAGGUCAAAGGUAAAGGUCACAGGGGGCUUUGACUUCAAAAAAGCUUGUCCGCCCAAUUACUUAAGAUUCCUUUGACCCACAGUCUUCAUAUUUGGCAUGGAGGUUAGUCAUGAUAAGUAGAUGACCCCUAUUGGACUUUGAGGUCACCAGGUCAAAGGUCAAAGUCACAGGGGCCUUGACUUCAAAAAGCUUGUCCGCCCAAUAACUUAAUAUUCCUUUGACCCACAGUCUUCAUAUUUGGCAUGGAGGUUAGUCAUGAUUAGUAGAUGACCCCUAUUGACUUUGAGGUCACCAGGUCAUGGUCACAGGGGCCUUGACUUAAAAAAGCUUGUCCGCCCAAUAACUUAAGAUUCCUUUGACCCACAGUCUUCAUAUUUGGCAUGGAGGUUAGUCAUGAUUAGUAGAUGACCCCUAUUGACUUUAAGGUCAACAGGUUAAAGGUCAAGGUCACAGGGGCCUUGACUAUAAAAAGCUUGUCUGCUCAAUAACUUAAGAUUCCUUUGACUGUGGUGACCCACAGUCUUCAUAUUUGGCAUGGAGGUUAGUCAUGAUUAGUAGAUGACCCCUAUUGAUUUUGAGGACACUGGAUCAAAGGUCAAGGUCACAGGGACUUUGACUUCAAAAAGUUUAUCUGCCCAAUAACUUAAGAUUGCUUUGACCCACAGUCUUCAUAUUUGGCAUUAAGGUUAGUCAUGAUUAGUAGAUGACCCCUAUCGACUUUGAGGUCACCAGGUCAAAGGUAAAGGUCACAGUGGGCUUUGACUUCAAAAAGCUUGUCCGCCCAUUAACUUAAGAUUCCUUUGACCCACAGUCUUCGUAUUUGGCAUGGAUGUUGAUCAUGACCAUAAGGUGACCCUAUUGAUUUUGAGGUCACUGGGUUAACGGUCAAGGUCACAGGGACCUUGACAAAAAAAAAUCUUUUCCUCUCAAUUGCUUAAGAAUAUCUGUGCAGUGUAUUGUUUUGUUUUUUUUACAUUUGAAGCAUGUAGAAUACAUAACUUAGCAAUGCACUGGCUUAGUAACCGAGGUUGUCUUGAGCUUUAAAUGUCCACUGUUGAUUCUGACAAAGUGGUAUGCGGGGGUAUUCAGGCCAUGAAAGUGGCAGUUCUAGUUUUUUCAGAAUUUGCUAUAGUCUUAGUUAUGACCUGUUGUUUUUCUCUGCAGAAAUAUUGCCAGAUAUUUUGUUAAAAAAAUAAAAGUGUUUUUUUGGGUUUUUUUUUUUUUUCAGUAAUAAAUAUAGGGCAAAUUAGAUUCAAAUUAAAAAAGAGACACAUGUACUUGUUCUUAAUUAUGUCUCCCCCACCUCGGGGGGAGACAUAUUGUUUUUGCCCUGUCCGUCCGUCAGUCCGUCCGUCCGUCAGUCCGUCCGUCAGUCCGUCCGUCCAUUCUUCGUUUCCGGACGAUAACUAGAGUUCCUUUUGACCUACAGCUCUCAAACUUCAUAGGAUGAAUGGUCUUAUUGAGCAGAUGAUCCCUAUUGUUUUUGGGGUCAGUAGUUCAAAGGUCAAGGUCACAGUGACCGUUGGUCAAUUUCUCGUUUCCGGAUGAUAACUAGAGUUCCUUUUGACCUACAGCCCUCAAACUUCAUAGGAUGAUUGGUCUUAUAGAGCUGAUGAUCCUAUUGUUUUUGGGGUCAGUAGGUCAAAGGUCAAGGUCACACUGACCGUUGGUCAAUUUCUCGUUUCCGGAUGAUAACUAGAGUUCCUUUAGACCUACAGACCUCAAACUUCAUAGGACUGAUGAUUGGUCUUAUUGAGCAGAUGAUCCCUAUUGUUUUUGGGGUCAGUAGUUCAAAGGUCAAGGUCACAGUGACCGUUGGUCAAUUUCUCGUUUCCGGAUGAUAACUAGAGUUCCUUUUGACCUACAGCCCUCAAACUUCAUAGGAUGAUUGGUCUUAUAGAGCAGAUGAUCCCUAUUGUUUUUGGGGUCAGUAGGUCAAAGGUCAAGGUCACAGUGACCGUUGGUCAAUUUCUCGUUUCCGGAUGAUAACUAGAGUUCCUUUUGACCUACAGCCCUCAAACUUCAUAGGAUGAUUGGUCUUAUAGAGCAGAUGAUCCCUAUUGUUUUUUUUGGGUCAGUAGGUCAAAGGUCAAGGUCACAGUGACCGUUGGUCAAUUUCUCAUUUCCGGAUGAUAACUAGAGUUCCUUUUGACCUACAACCCUCAAACUUCAUAGGAUGAUUGGUCUUAUUCAUCAAAUGAUCCCUAUUGUUUUAAUGGUCAGUAGGUCAAAGGUCAAGGUCACAGCGACCGUUGGUUAAUUUCUCCUUUCCGGAUGAUAACUAGAGUUCCUUUAGACCUACAACCCUCAAACUUCAUAGGAUGAUUGGUCUUAUUGAGCAGAUGAUCCCUCUUGUUUAUGGGGUCAGUAGGUCAAAGGUUAAGGUCACAGUGACCAUUGGUCAUUUUCUCAUUUCCGGAUGAUAACUAGAGUUCUUAUCAGUGAGGACAUUUAACUAUUAUUGAUAUAUCAGUGAUAUAUCAGUUGUCUGGUUUUAUAUACUCUGUUCUUUUAUCUCCAUUUCCAUUCCUGUUUCCAUUCACAGUUAUUCUCAGCAGUGGGGGAGACAUGCGCUUUUU